CUAAUAACAUCUUACAUCAAAAUAUUGUAAAAAAAGAAGAAACACUAUCUUGAAAAUGAAGACUUUAUUUAUCAACUGUUCCUCAUUUUUCUUUGUAACUCUUCUCAUCCUCCUUGGAGUUGAUAAGGGAUUUGUUCAUGGCGACGAAUCAUCGAGCAGUGGCUUUGUCCAAACCAAGGGAACCCGAUUCAUGUUGAACGGGCGACCCUUAUACCUAAACGGUUUUAACGCUUAUUGGAUGAUGUACCAAGCAUCAGAUCCUUCAACCAGAGACAUGGUAUCAACCACAUUACAACAAGCCAAAUCAAAGUACGGUAUGAAUGUGGUCAGAACCUGGGCCUUCAGUGAUGGAGGUUAUAGAGCCUUGCAGAAAUCUCCUGGCUCCUAUGAUGAAGAAGUUUUCCGGGGGUUGGAUUUUGUGAUCUCGGAAGCCAAGAAGAAUGGGAUUUAUUUGAUACUCAGUUUGGUAAAUAACUGGGAAGGAUAUGGAGGCAAAAAACAAUAUGUUCAGUGGGCUAGGGAUAAUGGCCAUUACUUGAACAAUGAAGAUGACUUCUUUACCGAUUCCGUGGUCAAAGGUUACUACAAAAACCAUAUCAAGACUGUUCUCAAUAGGGUCAACUCCUUUACGGGAAUUGCCUAUAAGGAUGAACCCACAAUUUUUGCAUGGGAGCUCAUGAAUGAACCUCGUUGCCAAUCCGACCUUUCUGGAAAAUCCCUUCAGGGUUGGGUAUCUGAAAUGGGAGCUUACAUUAAGUCCAUUGAUAGCAAUCAUCUCUUGGAAGUUGGUCUAGAAGGAUUUUAUGGCGAAUCGAUGCCCGAAAAACGAGUUUCCAAUCCUGGUUAUGAAGUUGGAACUGAUUUCAUAGCCAAUAACAAUAUUCCACAAGUUGAUUUUACCACCAUUCACCUCUAUCCCGAUCAAUGGACUAACUCAGAUGAGGCAACUCAAGCUCAAUUUGUGGAAAGAUGGAUCAAAGCUCAUAUAGAAGAUUCUGCAUCUGUGUUAGGAAAACCUCUUAUGCUGACUGAAUUCGGAAAAUCUUCAAGGUCAUCAGGAUAUCAAGUUUCAGUGAGAGAUGCCUAUUUCUCGAAUAUCUAUGACACUCUUUAUUCUUGCGCGAAAUCACCAUCAGGCGUAUGCGGAGGAUCUUCCUUCUGGCAGGUGAUGGCUCCAGGAAUGGAAAAUUGGGGCGAUGGUUAUGAAGUUUUCAUGGAUCAAAGCCCUUCCACUAUGGCAGUUGUCGCUAAGCAAUCCAGCAGACUCGCAUCCCUUAGUUAAUUAACACAAUUAUAUGGCAGCUAGCGAGAAAGACCCAAUAAUUAUGAUCAUUGACGAUUUCUUUUUCUAGCUAGCUAGAAUCAAAUAAUUAAAACAAUAAAAUCAGCUUCGGAAUUAAUUAUUUUCUUCUUAUUUAUUAUUGUGAUUCAACCACAUUGUUGAAUCACAAAUGAAUAUCGGUAUCAUGUAACAAACAUUUUUUCCUCAUGGAAAGAUACUAUUAAUGAAUUGAG